UGCUUUCACGGCGGCAGGGACAACGCCGCUUCCUCUGAGCCAUGUUCGAGGAGCAUCCUCAGCAGCUCACAGUUGCGGAUUCGUCAGGCUGCGCGCCGAUGGCGCGGGGAGCGAGGGACAGCGACAGAGUGGAGGAGGAGAGCCGCGCGGGUGGGGAUGACGACGGUGUCGCACAGCGCGCUGAGGAGGACGUCACGGCGGAUGACAACGAUGACGACGACGUGAGCGACGGAGGCGACGACGUGGUGCUGCUAGGGUUCGUGCAGAAGCCGUCGCACGACUGGUCGCUCGCGCGGCAUCGCUUCCCCAGCAAAGUCGGGGGCGCGCCGGCGUAUCUCGACCCGCUCAAUCUGCCGUGCGACCCGCUCCUGUGCGACUUCUGCUCGCAGCCGCUGCGAUUCCUGCUGCAGGUGUACUCGCCCCUGGACGCCGAGCCGUCUGCCUUCCACCGCACGCUCUUCCUCUUCGCCUGCCGCCACCAGCCCUGCCUCGCGCGCCACCAGCAGGAGCAACAGGCGCAGCUCGCGGAGGGGCAGAGGGAGGGGCAGGGGAACGAGGGGGAGGGGAAGGCAGAGGGUGCGGAUGGCUGGGCGAGGGAGAGGAGACGGAGUGUGUGCGCGCUGCGCACCCAGCUGCCUCGCAGCAACCCCUUCUACGCCUUCACCCCGCCUCCCCCAGACACGCCCGGCGCUCCACUCUCCAAGCAAGUGGCCAUGUGUGAGUGGUGUGGCACGUGGAAGGGCAGCAAGCGGUGUGGCGGGUGCAGGCAGGUCAACUACUGCAGCAAGGAGCACCAGAAGGAGCACUGGCGAGCAGGCCACAGUGCCGCAUGCCCCCGCACUCCACCCCCCACCUCCGCUGCUCCCUCUGCUCCCCACACUCCCCCACCUGCCGUUGCCACUCCGCCUGCCCCCUCACACGCGCCCUCCAACGCGUCUGCUGCCACUGACACGUCAGCUGCCAGGACAGCAGACGCUGAGUCAGCAGGGGUUGCAGCUGUUGACGUGGCAGAAGCGGAUUGGAGAGUGUCGGUGUUAGACAGGGGUGGGUGGAAGGAGUGGGAGAUGGUGGUGGAGGAGGAGCCGGAGGAAGGAGAGGAGGGGGAGGAGGGGGAUGAGGGGGGCGGUGAGGGGGAAAGUGGGAGGGAGAAAAAGGGGGAGGCGGGAGGGGGCGAGGUGCGGCGGCUGUUGAGGGAGUACCGCGAGCGCACGCGGGCAGAGGGGCCCAUCGCAGCCCGGGAGCUGGAGGGCUUCGGAGAGGGUGCGGAUGCGGAGAAGAAGCAAUGGGCGUCGUUUCAGGCAGUCAUUGCCAAGGCGCCCGAGCAAGUGAUCAGGUACUGCCGGUCAGCCACCGCCCGCCCGCUGUGGCCGCAGCUGCAGGGGCAGCCGCCCAGCCAGGCUGCCAUCCCGCCGUGUGGGCGCUGUGGGGCCGAGAGGAUCUUUGAGUUCCAGGUUCUUCCUCAAAUCAUCUACUACAGCGCUCCAGACGCCACCGCUGACUCAGCACUUGACUUCGCCACACUGGCGCUCUACGUGUGCCCCAACUCCUGCUGCCGCUCUCAACCACCCAGCACCGCACCGCAAAGCAACACCGCCAUCCCAAGUGGUGCAAAACCAGGACCAGAAGAGACAGCAGAGGCACGGGGAAUUGAGAAGGCACCAGAUAGCAGCAGGGAAGCAGCAGCGGCGGAGCAGAGUGUGGGGUAUGUGGAGGAGUUCGUGUGGGUGCAGCUGCCCUCUCACGACCCACCACCAACCGUAGCAUAAGGGAACAGACAUCCAAGCGGGCAGUUUAUGCCAACCUUGUUUACGUCCUUGAUUUACGUUGGCUUUGUUGGACGAAACAAUAGUUUUUUGGAGUUACUUCAAAGGGCACUUUGUAAGAAAUUAUAAAUUCCUUACUGAGGCUAGCUACAGGGCGUACUACUCGAACAGUCCUGAACCAGCGAUAGGGUUCCAGACCUUUCCGUUCGAGCCUCCUGGGCCUUUCCGGACCUCGCUUCGAUACAUCGAGGACCUUUGACACUUUUCCUGAACCUUCCGACCCUACGUCUAGGAUCGCCUUAGGUUUCCGAU